GAAUUAUCCGUGAAUUCCCAGUUUGAAAAUUUUGAAUAUAAAAUGGUUUAACUGUAUAUAUUAUCUUAUCUAUACUGACAAAAAAAGUAAUUGAUGCUCAAGAUCAACUGAAUUAUUAUUAGUAUUUUUUAUGAGAAAUCUUGGAUUUGUAUUUCGUUCAUGGCAAACUUCUGUUGUUCAAUUGAGUUGGAGCCUCGCACCUUAAAACAAGGGCAACUUGAUCACGCCAGAGAAAUUGCUGUUGACAUUGUUCAGACAAAGGAACCAGAUGAAGCAUCAACCAUGUUUACUGAGCUGCAGGGACUGAAAGAGGUGGUCGGAAUCAAAGAGCCGGCGGUGGUGGUGACAGUUUCAGGCGAAAAUCCGCCGGAGGAGGGCGAAGGGGCAGCAGUUAUCAAGGAAGAGAUUACUGUGGAGACUUAUUGCCAAUGUUUAGUAGUGGAAUCAUCACCGGAGUGUAGGGAUAUUAAAGAGCCCCUUUCUGCCCCUUUUUGAGGCUUCAAUCAUAUUAACUUCCUAAUUCAUUUAAUUGCUAUUGUUAUAUCAUAAACGUAAUGUGUAUUGCACUAUAAGACAAACGUAGUUUGACACUCUUCAUGUUUGGUCUAAUUAUUCUAUUUUUAGAGGAGGAAA